CCCACCCACCCUACCCCACCCUAUCUUCCUCUGAAAAGUAAAGCUUUUUUUCUUGCUCAUACAAUGCCUAUUCUUACUAUGUCACUUCCAAAACCCAACCUUUUCUCCAAUCUCCCCACCACCCCACCUCCUACCCACAACCCCACCUCUACCCCCCCCCCCCCACCCAUCCCCAUACCCAAAUACCCACCCCCUUCAAAAACCCAAAAAAAACCCGACCCACCUUUCAAGAUUCACCACAACAACUCCAAAUACCACAAACCGGUUAAACCGGGUCAAGUAAUCACAACUAACGGUGACCGUUCUGUUAUAGUUAAAGAUAACGGAGUUUCAUAUCGUUUACCCAAUGCCCCAUUUGAUUUCCAGUUUAGUUAUUCAGAACUUCCAAAAGCUAAACCGGUUGCUAUUCGUGAACCGGGUUUUUUACCAUUUGCACCACCUACUAUGCCUAGACCAUGGACAGGUAAAGCACCAAUGAAGAAAAAUAAAAGAAAUAUUAAGCUUUUCGAGCCGUUUAAUCCGAAAACGGAGAGUUAUGAUGAUGAUGAUGGGGUUAAUAAGCGUUAUGAAAUGUUGAAGGCUUAUGAAUUGGGUAUGUUUGAGGUAAAGCCAAAGGAGAAGGUGUUGGGAGCCCCAUUGACGAAAACGGAAAUCCGGGAGCUUUUGAAACAUUGUAUAGCUAGUAAUCGACAGGUUAAUAUUGGUCGGGAUGGAUUGGUACAUAACAUGUUAGAGUUAAUUCAUACCCACUGGAGAAGGAAUCCUGUUUGUAAAGUUCGAUGCUUAGGUGUUCCCACUGUUGAUAUGAACAACCUUUGCCAAUGUCUCGAGGAGAAGACUGGUGGAAAGAUCAUACAUAGAGUGGGUGGUGUAGUUUAUCUUUUUCGGGGAAGGAACUAUGACAAUCGUACACGUCCAAAGUACCCACUGAUGUUAUGGAAACCAGCUACACCAGUUUACCCGAAGCUUAUACAGGAAGCUCCAGAAGGAUUGACCAAAGAAGAGGCUGAUGAAUUGCGAAUCAAGGGAAAGAAGUUACCACCUAUCUGUAAAUUGGCAAAAAACGGAGUCUACCUUACGCUAGUGAGAGACGUAAGAAGUGCAUUUGAAGCUUGUCCACUGGUGAAGAUUGAUUGCCGGGGGAUGCAUGCAAGUGAUUAUAAGAGGCUAGGAGCUAAGUUGAAGGAACUGGUCCCUUGUGUGCUAUUAUCAUUUGAUGACGAACAGAUAUUAAUGUGGAGAGGAAGAGACUGGAAACCUAUGUACGGAAAUGCCCCUCCGGUUGUGUCUUCCAGAAUUGGAGGUGCCACAGAUGAAUUGUAUACUUCAGAACGUUCAGGCACUGCCAAAGAUUCUUCCAAAGCGGGCACUAAAACAGGGAGCUCGAGCCCUAGAAUGAUGUCCCUAUGGAAGAAUGCAAUUGAUUCAGGCAAGGCACUAUUGCUAGACAACGUUGAUUUAAAACCCGAUGAUCUCUUGAACAAGGUGGAGGAAUUCGAAAGCAUUUCCCAGGCCAUAGAGCACACAUAUCCUGCUCUGGUUUUGUCCAGUGAACCUGUUGCUGAACAGUCAAAACUGAUAUGGAAAGGCAGUUCCGAUGAUGACAAUGACAGCGACGAUGAGAUCAGUGAUGAUGAUCAUGAAGAUAAAUAUUACAUGAACAACUCGUUUGAAGCAUUAGAGUCAACAGUUCCUAAAGGAUUAUUACCAGUUGACUUAAUAGUAAAGGAGUUUAGUGAUGAUGAGUAAAUAAGUUGAAAGAAAAUGAAGCAACUCUAAUGAUAGGUAAAGAGCUACAAGCAGGUGGAUUUGUGGAAGAAAAUGAAGAAUGGAGGAUCCCCAAAUGUGAAGUAGGAAAUAAUGUAUCCAAAAUAGAAGGCCUUUUGCUUUUUCUGUUUAUUUUAAUAUUUGUCUGUACAGCUGUAUCAUAUAUAAUCUAUGAAAUUAACAAGUUGAAAAUUGUCCAAUAACAUUCUUUUCUUGUAAAAUAGUGAGCCAUGUACUCAAGGUUGUAGCUUAGCGAUCAAUGGAAUAGAUGAAUAUUAUGGGAGAUUAAGAUUGAAAUCUCAGCAAAAAUUAAGAUGUUA